AUGACCGCUGAGCAAGGUUGCUUAGAAAAUCACGAAUCGAAACAAUGCCUCGCAGAACCGUUCGAUGAGGGUCUUCCGGUACCAUUAUGGAACGACUUAAAAUAUUACCAGAUGAGGGCUUUCCUUCUCGCCCUCUUUGCUAAUAGAGCACCGCAAGCGCUUGAACUGAAGGAAAAGUCAGAAUUCGUAAACAAAAAUAGGAACAGAAUCAACCACAUAACAAAACGCUAUUUGGGCAAAUCAAAGCUCGCUUCGGGUAAUUUAUCAAGGUUUUCCACAACGUCAGACUAGGUAAUAGUUUUCUACUUCUAGAAGCUGCAGCGUCCAAGGCGGAGAUUACGGAAGAAGAUGUAAACUCGGUAGUUGGAGAAACUGUUGAGACUCUAUUCUUAGCACUUGCUUAG